AUGGCGUUGUUGGCAAAGAACAAGGUGCGGAGUUAUGGCACGACAACCGUGCUCAACCGCUCCGACAUGUGCAUCGAACACGAUGUCCAAGAUGGAGACUCACUGCAAUCCCUUGCCAUCAAAUAUGACGUCCCGGUGGAUCACAUCCUUCACAUGAACCGGCUCUUUGCAACAGACAGCAUCCACCUGCGUAAGACGCUGUUGAUACCGCAGUCGAAACAGAGCAAGUGGAAGGGCGACGACAGCUUGGACGACGAUGACGAGGAGUCCUUGGCGCUUGACGGCGAUGAGCACUGGGCGCGCCACCCCCAGCAACCGCGACACAACACAGCAGCACACGACGACUACGUCCACACACACGCGAUGAACGACAAGACGCCCGCCCCAGCCACGCUGCACGUGGACGACUUUCUCAAGCAGUUUGACGAGCGCUUUGCCCUCGCAAAAACAGGCAUCGAGACAAGUCUCAAGCAAAUGUCGGCGUCGGUGCAGUCUGCCGGGAACAUGCCGCUGUCAUCGUCCAGCUCACAGCCAUCGUCGUCAUCAUCAUCAUCAUCGCCGUCCUCAUCAUCAUCGUCGUCGUCGUCGUCACGAACAAGGAAGACAGCGAGAGCGAAAGCGAAAGCAACCAAGUCAAAGCAGAAGAAGGCAGCCCCCGCCACCACCUUGUCAUCAUCGACAUCAUCAUCACCAUCCAAGCGUAAGGGCAAGCCUGCACGUGGCAGUCUGCAGGGUGGCGACCAGGCCCUCAUUGAGAAGGACACGCAUCUCUUUGAACUGUAA